UACCCGGCUUCCGAGCGAAGGAGGUGGAGCCUCGCUGGCCUUCUCUGCGCCUGCGCGGUCUCGAGCUCGGGCCUCGGUCCCGAGCCGGGUCGCUCAGGGACCAGCCGAGGCUUGGAGGCGGAGCCUCCCGUGUCCCGGCUCCUACUGGAUCCCUCGUGCUGAUCCCGGAUCCCUCCUCUUCUCCCCUCACUGAUCCCAGACCCCUCCUCCUUUCCCUCGUUGAUCCCAGACCCCUCCUCCUUUCCCCUCAUUGAUCCCAGACCCGUCCUCUUCCCUCCUUAGUCCCAGAGCCCUCCUCUCUUCUCAUUGAUUCCGUACCCGUCUUUCCCGUCCUGAUCCCAGACUCCUCCUCCUUUCCCCCGGUUGAUCCCAGACCCGUCCUCUUCCCUCCUAGUCCCAGAGUCCUCCUCUCCUCUCAUUGAUCCCGAGCCCCUCCUUCCCCUCAUUGAUCCCGGACUUCUCUGCUGAUCCCGGCUCCCUCCCUCCUUUUCCCUCUUCUGAUCCUGGAUCUCUGCUCUGCUCUCUCUCCCUGCUGAUCCCGGAUCUCUCCUCCCCCCCGCCUCCAUCCCGGAUCUCUCCUUUCUCCGUGGGUCUCCCUGUCCAUCCUCCCUCUGUCUCUUCUUGGUCCGCGCUGUCCGGACCAUGCGUCCUCCCGGGGGUCCGCGGGGCCGGAGGCUCCGGCCCCUGCUCCAGCUCGGCCUCCUGCUCCUGCUGUCCCAAGCCUCCCUUUCCGCGUCGUCCUCCUCCUCUUCCCCGCAUAACCACAAGCCGUGCACAGUCUGCAAGAACAUCGUGGAGCAGUUCAACAAGGGCCUGGCAAACACAGAAAAGAAAAACUUCGGCGGUGGAAACACAGCUUGGGAAGAGAAGACGUUAUCGAAAUACGAGUCCAGUGAAAUCCGGCUCCUAGAAAUCAUCGAAACCCUGUGCGAGAGCGACGCCUUCGACUGCAACAACAUGGUGGAGAACAACGAGGAGCACCUCGAGGACUGGUGGUUCAAUCAGAAGAAGAACCACCCCGACUUAUUUACGUGGUUUUGUGUGGAAACCCUAAAAGUGUGCUGCCCUCCUGGAACCUACGGCCCAGAGUGCCGCGAGUGUCCCGGGGGGUCCAAGCGGCCGUGUGGGGGAAACGGCUACUGCAACGGCGACGGGACUCGCGGCGGGGACGGCAAGUGCAAGUGUCACCUGGGCUACAUGGGGCCGCUGUGCAUGGACUGCGUGGAGGGCUACUUCAGCACCUGGAGGAACGAGACCCACUCCGUCUGCAUAGUGUGUGACCGAGCCUGUAAGAACUGCACCGGCCCGACCGCCAGCGACUGCGGAGAGUGUGAAGCCGGCUGGGCCUGGAUGGGAGACACCUGCGGAGAUGUGAACGAGUGCGCGGCAGAAACUCCUGCUUGUGACGAGGGCUUCUACUGCCUCAACAACAACGGCUCAUUCUCCUGCAAAGAGUGUGACCCCAGUUGUUCGGGCUGUGUGGGCGAGGGCCCGGAACACUGCAUCAACUGCUCGGCCGGUUAUGCGCAGGAAGAUGGCUCCUGUCAAGAUGUAGAUGAGUGCUCCCUCCCAGAGAAGGCGUGUGAACAGGAGCACCAGAAGUGCUUCAACACCCCGGGCAGCUACGCCUGCGCCUGUGCCGAGGGCUUCCAGGAGAAAGAUGGCACCUGUGUGCCCGCCAAGGAUACCCCAGAAGAUGAAGAACCAAAGGAAACUCCAAAACCGUCCCACGAAGACCUGUGAGCCGCCUCCCCAAACCUCCCGAGACCUGAUUGCCGACGUAAAUUAUUCCGAAGAAAACAGCCUUUGGUGGGAAUCCCCCGGAAAUGUCAGCCACCCACCGGAUCAUCGAGCGCCUGACCACCUGCCCACGCUGGGGGAGAAAACCUUCAUCGGUUCGGGCUCUUUCUAAAGCUGUGUUUUCUCUUGUUCAUAAAGAACUAUAUUGUCGUAUAAUUUUGAUAACUAUUCUUUGUAAUAAAACUGACUAUGGAAGGUGGACCAGAAUAGAA